AUGUUCACAGGUGAGAAGAAAUAUCAACUGAACGAAAUAUUUAAUAUGAUCGAAGAUGAAAUAGGCGAAGAUAGUGUAGUGGCGUGUUUUCCAACAGGAGAUAGUUUUGAAAUAACCAUGAUUGAUAAUGAAAGUGCUAAAUAUUUGGUAGAAAAUGGUAUCGAGUCCAAUGGUAAUGGUUUUCCAUGCGUACAUUUUCUAUGGUUUGGUAAAAAACCAUUGAUAAAAUUUAAUACAAUACAGGGGCCCUUUAAUAAGGGUGGGUUAAACAUUCCGGCUAUUAGAUUCAUAAAAGAAGAAUUCCGAUUAUAUUGGUUAGCAUAUACCAGUAGUUCAUUCCAUGGGGAAAGUGCAAACAUUCUCUAA